UUUAUUGUAACAUGGUCACCGUACAUUGCUAGUUGGACACGACCAUCACCACUAUGAAAUUUACUGCUAUUGGUGUCUAGUUGCUAUUAUAACAUUCUCAGAUGUCACUCUAGUCAUUUAAAGGUUCGUGAUGCCAGCGAGGUUGUACAAGAACACCAGCACAUGAAAAAGAAAUAAUACUAGAGGUCACAGUGAAAGUUUUAUCAGCAGAAAAAGAUUUUUAAAUCUUCAGAUGUCAGUAUGAAGAUUUAAAGUUAAGCACAAGUAGGCUACACAUAACAGUGGACAGUUUUACCAGAGAGCCAUGUCUAUGAAAAUAUCAGCAAGAUUUCAGCGAGGCAAUCCCUAUAUUGUUUAUGAGAAAAUGCAGAAUGGCCAUGCUGCUACUCUCAACAUAGGAGUUUAUUGAUUCCCUUCAGUAAUGAGUAAUCAAGAAGAAAAACAAAUGGAGGAUGAAGGAACUGGACUUCUUUCAUCCUCUGUCUCCACACCAGAAAAGACAACAUCUGAACAGCAGAUCACCAUCUCAGACACUGGUGGGUCUGGGAUGUGGGUGAGUGGGCGGGAGGGGGGCGGGCUGCCCUGGGAGGAGGUGGCCCGCCUUCUGCUCACGGAUCCCAACGUUGGUCUCCCCCCUCGAGAGGUCAUAACUCGUCGACAGUUAGUUGGUUACAAUGAAUUCUCAGAGACAGAAGAUGAUCCCAUGUGGAAAAAGUAUUUGGGUCAGUUUAAAGAACCUCUGAUUCUCCUCCUGCUGGCAUCAUCAUUUGUCUCCCUCUGCAUGGGUCAGUUUGAUGAUGCUGUUGUCAUCACUCUUGCCAUUGUAAUUGUGGCAACAGUGGCAUUUACUCAAGAACUUAGAACAGAUAAAGCUUUAGAAGAGCUUAAGAAGCAAGUACCAGCAACUUGCAUGUGUCUUCGUGAUGGAAAUUUGCGAGAGUACCAGGCAAGAGAAUUAGUGCCUGGAGAUAUUGUCCACCUAAGUAUUGGUGACAGAGUUCCUGCAGAUCUAAGGCUGUUUGAGUCUGCUGAUCUGAGUAUAGAUGAGUCCAGUUUCACUGGAGAGACCGAACCGGCACCGAAGUUUAGUAACAUCACAGGGACCAGCACAUACAGUACCUCGGGGAGCAUGGGAAACCUUGCCUAUAUGGGUACAUUUGUGCGUACUGGUCGGGGGAAAGGCAUCGUCAUAAGUACCGGAGAAAAAUCACAAUUUGGGGAGUUGUUCAGGAUGAUGCAAGAGGAAGAAGCUCCCAGAACACCCCUGCAGAAGAAUAUGGAUGAGUUAGCUAAAAAAUUGUCUAUAUUCUCCUUCUGCUUUAUUGGUGUAGUGUUCAUUUUGGGCCUGUACCAAAGCAUUCCUAUUCACAAGAUAUUUAACAUAGCAGUAAGUUUAGCUGUUGCUGCUAUUCCUGAAGGGUUACCUAUAGUAGUCACAAUGACGUUGUGUCUUGGAAUACGACGCAUGGCCAAGCGCUCAGCCUUGGUGAAAGGUUUACACACAGUUGAAACUCUUGGGUGUGUCACAACUGUGUGCUCAGAUAAAACUGGAACUUUAACUAAGAAUGAAAUGACAGUGACCUCCAUUGUAACAUCAGAGGGGGACGAGUGUCACGUGACUGGUGUUGGUUAUUCUACUGAUGGUGAAGUUGUCUUUGAAAGUGGAUACUCAGAACUGGCUAAUGAAGCAGUUACAAAACUAUUAGAAACAGGUGCUGUUUGUAAUAAUGCUCAGAUCGUAGGAGGUCAGUUACUGGGACAACCCACAGAGGGGGCUAUUCUUGCUGCUGCUCUCAAACACGGAAUAUUUAAUGCAAGAGAUAAGUAUCAGAGACUAGAGGAAUUUCCCUUCAAGUCAGAAACAAAAACAAUGUCCCUGAAAGUAAGAAAUAAAAAGACUGGGGAGGUGGAGUGGCUAGUGAAGGGUUCAGUUGAAGCAGUAUUAAGGAUGUGUAGUCACUACCAUCAGAAUAUGGCCAUACUCCCACUUUCCCAGGAAAAGCAACAUCAAAUUUUGUCCUCAAGCCUUGAACGUGGGAGGCUGGGUCUCCGCGUCAUUGGGAUAGCUCGUGGUGCAUCUUCAUCAGAGUUAAGCUACAUGGGUAUGUUAGGGAUCAUGGACCCUCCAAGAGAAGGAGCUCGCUCAUCUGUUACUACAUUACAGUCCACAGGGGUUAAUGUCAAGAUGGUCACUGGUGAUGCUCAAGAGACAGCUUGUGCUAUAGCUCAAGCUGUUGGUCUGCGGGUGCGUCCUGGCACAGUUUUUUCAGGGGACCAGUUGGACAGUAUGGAUGAAAGAAUGCUGUUAGGAUUGGUACAAGAUGCAACUGUGUUUUACAGAGUGUCACCCAGACAUAAAGUUCGUAUUGUCAAGGCUCUCCAAGAGUGUAGUGAAAUUGUGGGAAUGACGGGUGACGGCGUUAAUGAUGUCGUUGCCCUAAAACGUGCCAACAUUGGCAUAUCCAUGGGCAAGAUGGGAACAGCAGUCAGUAAAGAAGCUGCUGAUAUGAUCCUUAAUGAUGAUGACUUUACCACUAUAUUGUCAGCAAUAGAGGAGGGCAAAUGUAUCUUUCACAACAUUACAAACUUUGUGCAAUUUCAAGUCAGCACCAGCCUAGUUGCCCUCAGCCUCAUCGCUUUGUCCACACUAUUAGGUCUGCCUAGCCCCCUCAACCCGAUGCAGAUCCUACUGAUUAAUGUAAUAAUGGAUGGUCCUCCAGCACUCACUCUUGGUAUGGAACCCAUUGAUGAUGAUGUCAAAGUUCAGCCACCAAGAGAUACCAAGAAAGAUCUCAUAACAAAGAAACUCAUCAGAAACUGUAUCAUAUCAGCCUCAGUCAUCAUUUGUGGGACGCUGUGGGUCUUCAGAUCUGAAAUGAUGGAUGGUGUUGUGACCGCAAGAGACACAACCAUGACUUUUGCCUGUUUCGUGAUGUAUGAUAUGUUUAAUGCCAUGUCUUGCCGUUCUGAUAGUAAAUCAGUGUUGGAGAUUGGCAUUACUUCCAAUUGGUAUCUAUUUGUUGCUCUCACUGCAACUUUUGUAUGUUUGAUGGGUGUUGUGUACCUGCCCUUCCUCCAGUGGGUAUUCCAGACAGAAAGUAUUUACUUAAUAGAUUGGCUAUACCUAACGUGUCUCACGUCUACGGUCCUCAUUGUUUCUGAAUUGCGGAAAUUCUUCGACCGCCGCCUCGAAUACUCAUCUGCAGUAAUAUCGAGCAGAGGAUUCUUAUCUUUUAAGAAACCUUCCAAGUCCUUAUGGAUGGAUGCAGUUUAGGUUUUCAGUUGAUAUCUUAAACUGAAGAUGUUCAAGUGUGUGUCUCUUUGUCUAAAUGAUGGUGUAAAUGUCUUGUAUUGUCGUCCUGAAAAGAUGAAUUAUAAUCAGGUUGAAUUUUCAUGUAUUUAAUUUGUAAGUCCAUAGGAAGACAACAUGAAGUAUGACCUGCCGUGCCUCUGCCUCGCAUCAUAGCCCUUUACUGAAGCAGUUUUAUAUAAGAGUGCAAUAUUUUCAUCAUUACAGAAUUUCAUAUCAUUUUAACACAACUCACUGGCAGUUAGCAACAAGUCCCUUCAUGUAUUAUGUCUGUAGAUGUGCUAGCUAAUUGAUUUUAGUAAUUUGUAUAUAUCUUUUCUAUUUCAUAUUGAUGUAAGCUUCUGUAUCUUAUUGGCGUUUGCUUUUCCAAUAUGUCGAUUUUAGUUAUUUAGAGAGGAUUAAGGUGUAUGUUUCUAACGAAUCAUCAGUUCAGACUGUAGUAUUGAAUUGAUCAUAUUCCGCAAUGGUGCCAUGAUAAGCUCUUGCUCGAGAAUACACACUUGAAAUAGGGUUUAAUACCUAACCCUCUGAGUUGUAGGGGUUUCUCUCAGCUGAAUAAAAUCAUCUUGCAUUAGCCAAAAUAAAAUACCUAAAUGUGACACUACUUCUUAAAGGGUUAAUAGAAAUUUAAAGUUAGAUCUUAACAGUCAUUUCCCUGCUAUAAUUUGUCCUCUGUGUGUGAGUGAAGAAACAUGGGAAGUUUAUCAGAAUAUCAACUUUUAUUUUUUGCAUAGUUGUUUGUGUUUUAACAUCUUGUCAGAUCUUUUGUAAGUUUGAUCUCAAACAGUGUACUGUAAAUGUUUAAGCUGUUUAUUCACCAUUGUCAGAAUGUCCUUUUUGGUUACUUAAAAGUAGAAAACAAUUAAAUAGUAUCUUGAUUGAAACCAAAUGCUUUUUUUUGGGGGGGUGGGGGGAUGAAAUUGUGUAGUGAUGUUCCUUGGAUGGCCCCUUGCGAAAUUAUGUCCAACACCAGCACCUGUCAUCCUGAAUGGAUGUCAUGGUCUCAGGAAUCUUUUGUUGUGAAUAAUGAAACCGAGGUUUUUGGUACUAAAGAGCAUAAUAUCUUGGUUUCUUAUAUAUUUUUCCAGAUGUGUACAUGUAAUUUUGCCAGCAUUUAAUUUUCUUACCAUUAAUUUGGGUAAUUUUUUUAGUAAAGGUACUUAAGGUGGUGGAGGAACGCUGGGACGGGACCUAGAGGCAUUAGGAUGGUAAACAUGCAUUUUUUGUAUACCUCCUCACCCUCUCCCCCCAUCCCCCAAAAGGAGAGAUUUAAAGUCUGGAGAAUAUAUGUUGCUCUUGAUUCUGGCCACACUGCUCCAUAGGGACAUGAGGCUGGCAAGAGUAGACAAAAGUGACCAAGCAUCCCAUGAUAUGAAUGUAAUUUGGGUACUAUUUCCCUCUGUUACUUGUUAUUCCAAUACUUUUAGUGGGGUACCUAGGAUUUUUUUAUGGUGGAAAACUGUUGUUAUAUAGAUUUUUUGUUUAUCACAGAACUGCAGGAACUUUGAUAACUGAGACAAUAAUGGAAACAAUAGUUAUGAAUGAAGACAGUGUUUGAUUGUAAUAAGGUGUUAUUUACUACCUACUGUAAUUUAUCACUGUUGACUGGCAGGAAAUGAUCAAGGUUAAGCUCUACCAGAGCCUUACUGUAUGGUUGGGUUUAGAUUUAGUUCUGUUAUGUUCACUUCUUUACUGUGUUAGCCAGGGAGGUGUUGGUAGAAAGAAAUUUAUGGCUUAUUGUGAAUCUUAUUUCGGUCACAUUAUGCUAUAUUUAUUGUCAUUUAAGUAGUGACUGUGGGGAAUGGGUCAGUAGGCUUUCUUUCCAUGUUUCAGGCAGUUUUUGGAAAUUUGAACACGUGUAAUGCUUAUAAUUCUCUUGAAUAAAUAUCUUCUCAACCUUUCCAAUGGAGAAUUAAGUAUUAUCCUGAGCAAGAGCUUAUAUGGGUGUUCACAAUGUAUGUACCUCAGAGGAAAUUUCUCCUUACAUAAUCAGAUAAUUUAUCAUAUAGUGUAAAUGUCAAAAUGAUUCAAGUUAUUUUUUUAAACUUUUAUGCAUAUUUUGCAGAUGUAUCUUAAAUCAGUAAUCAACUAUUGAUGUUCAAGAAAUAUUUUUAUUUUUUUAUUUUUCACAUAUGCAGGGAUCACCAUAGAAAACAUAUGGCAGCAUUUGAUGAGUUGUGUUGUUGUGGUGGCACAUUAAAAUUGGCUUGUGCAAUCAGACGCUCAUAUUAUUUGAUAAACAGACAUGAUAAAAUAUUUUAUACCUGUUAAAAACUGGUGUAACUACAUGUAUCAUUUGUUGCCACCAACAAAACUUCAGUUUACAAUGAACUUGUAAAAUUUAGUUUCAGAAUAUUGUACAGUAUUUAAGUGUAGUAGAGGGAAACUUAAGCAUUACUGCUCGGGCCCUUCUUGGUGAUCCCAAGAUAUGAUGAUGAUGAAAGUAUAUUAUAGACUUAAGUUAUUUCUUACUUGCUGAAACAAAAGUUUUAAAGAUUUUUUUGAUGUGUACUACAUGUAGAAUUUAUUCAAUUUUCUGUAAAAUUAUUUGGAAUUUAAACCAGAUAUUGAUUAUGGCAAAGGUUUAAUGGAGCUCAUUUUAUUUUGUAUAUACUGUAAAGUUGUUAUAUUCAAAACAACUUUUAGUAGACUUUCUUUUAAGCUCACCAUAACAUUAAACAAUAGCCCAAAGCUCUCAGAAACUAGACUAUACUUGUACUUGUUUAAAUUGUAUUGUUCAGGACUUGGUUGUUUUACAAGUUAAAUUUUACGGGUAAACCUUUAUUUUUUGGAUAUAUAACCUUAUGUUUGUGGUAAUUUUGUUUGGCGGUAAUUGUUACACAUUACUAAUAGUACAUUACUGUAUUUCAGAGCAGAAGGGUUUUUAACUUAAAAUUUAAAACUUAUUACAUGUA